AUGCCCAGACCAAACAUCUCUCACGCCCUCUCACGGCUCUCCCUCGGUGCCCGCACCCUCCAGACAUCUGCCCCCCUCCCCCCUCCCACCUCUCCCCUUCCCCCGUCCGGCCCCUCCUCUUCCGCCCUCCCCCCGCUCCUGCCCGCCACCACCCCUGCCCCCCUCCCGUCCUCCACCCCUGACGCCUUUGCCCUCAUCCAAUCACAAUCCACCCCCUCCACCGGGCGCUACAUUAUCGCCCGUCUGCAUGCGCGCAACCAUCUCCUCCACCCAAGAGACAUCUUGACCGUGCCCACCCUCAAGCCGAUGCAGGCCCCCGGUACCACCCUGAGUCUCACAAAGAUUCUCGAAGUCGGUUCGCGAGAGUAUGCCGUGCGCUCGCCAGCGGCAGAGGCAAAGGCGCUCAAAAAGGGCAUGAGCUUUGUGGAGAAGCGCACCGUCGAGUUUCCCGCCAUCUCGCCAGAGCUCGUGAGGUGUGAGCUCACGGUGCUGGAACAUACCAAGAGUCCUAUGGAGAGGCUUUUGAAGAAGAAGAGGAGAAAGGGCUACCAGAAGACGAUCGAGCACAAGCAGGGGUGGACGAGGUUGAGAGUGGGAGAUAUUCUCUUGGGGAACAGUGGGGGCGAAAUCUAG